UACGAGCCCGGCGUCGUGGUAAGGAUUCCUUUACCUUCCUCGUAUCGUCUACGUUGUGAUCGGCUCUUGAGAAAAGGUUCCAUCUUGGAUGUGAUUUUGACGCGAAUCCGUUUGCCGCGGUUGGUACCAUCGCAGGGAGCUGCUCUCUUCAACUUGGGGAAUACGUGCUUCCUCAAUGCGGUUCUGCAGUGCCUCACGCAUACCGUGCCCCUCGUACAGAAGAUCCGCAGGAUGGAUCAUCCUUGUUCCUGUUGUGGUGAUAUUGGAGGUUUCUGCUCUUUCUGUGCCUUGAAAGGACACAUCAAUCGUUCUUUGUUUCUUUCAGGAUAUGUGAUCUCCCCAACAGAUUUUGCUAAAAAUUUGAACAAAAUAUCACCACAUUUUCAGUUAGGACAGCAAGAAGAUGCACACGAAUUUCUCCACUCCUUGCUGGAUAAUCUACACACUUGCUGUCUUGGUCAUUGCACUACAGAUCAGCCAUCUUCAUUAGAUGAAGACAGCCUCGUCAAGCAUGUAUUUGGAGGCCGUCUUAGAAGCCAGCUGCGAUGUCGCAAUUGUGGUCACUGUUCAGACACAUUUGAACCGCUGCUCGAUCUCAGCUUGGAGAUUGAUGAUGUGGACAACAUCGUAGAUGCUCUUGCGUCUUUCACCAGGUCGGAGAAAAUUGAUGAUCCUGACAUCAACUUCACUUGUGAAGGCUGUAAGGCCCAAGUGUCGCUGGAGAAGCAGCUUAAGCUGGACCAUACACCACAAGUUCUCACGCUCCAUCUCAAGAGGUUCAAGAACAAUGGGGUUUUUGCCUACAAGCUUCGCAAUCCCGUGGAGUAUCCAUUGGAACUGGACCUGACUCCAUGCCUUAGCUGCCCAGUAGAUGAGGUCCACUCAAAAUAUGAUCUUUAUGCAGUUUUGCUGCACAUUGGUUCAUUAGAAUUUGGACAUUAUUUCUGCUGCAUUCGUUCCUCUCCGAGUACAUGGCAUUGCAUUAAUGAUUCGAAGGUGUUUAGAGUCUCUGAAACUGAUGUAUUAGCCCAGGAUGCCUAUUUGCUCUUUUAUGUAAAGCAACGAUCGUCGUGCUGGUUUUCGAACUUAAUGGACGAAAUUAAGACACUAAUGGCAACUGAUAGUUCCCCAUCAUCUGUGCUGGGUCAUGCACAAAGACAUGAUCGCUCAUCUUUAGUUUACGAGGAUGGUUGCAGUAGUUCUAGUGUCACCUCCGAAAGACAUGAGGACGCUGAUCCAUGCAACGAUUCUUCUCCUCCCGGCCCAGUCAACAAUGAUGCGUUCAUCCGUGAAGGAGAAGGACGUCAGAUAGAAACUCCCUUGGGAACAUUCAAACUGAGGAACCAUAAGAAUAGUUGUGAUGAGGAUCUGUCUGGACCAUCUUCUUGCACAUCCUGCAGUCGAAGCUGAGAAAGCUGUCACGCUUAUCGGCUUGCCAUAACCAAUGCAAUCGAUGGUCCAUUUCUGACCCGCAUCUGGACAACAUGUUUGAUAUUGAACCGCUGGGUGAGGUUCCUUCAUCUGAA